UCCCACAGCCCCUUGUGACACAGGAACCAAUGCUGCUGGCCGAAUGGAGCGGGUCAGUGGGAGCUAGCUGAUGAGGAGAUGCCUGCUCCGGAGGAUUCUUGUUCCAGCUGACCUCCCUCGUUCAGGACCCUGGGCUCUGUAGCCCUGUCCAGUUCAAAAUGGCAGAGAAGGCCCCACCUGGCUUGAACAGGAAGACAUCUCGGUCGACGCUCUCCCUCCCCCCGGAACCCGUGGACAUCAUCCGGAGCAAAACGUGCUCUCGGAGAGUGAAGAUCAACGUGGGGGGCCUUAACCACGAGGUCCUGUGGAGAACGCUGGACAGGCUCCCCCGGACCCGCCUGGGGAAGCUCCGAGACUGUAACACGCACGACAGUCUCCUGGAGGUGUGCGACGACUACAACCUGAACGAGAAUGAGUACUUCUUCGACCGGCACCCCGGGGCCUUCACGUCCAUCCUCAACUUCUACCGCACGGGCAAGCUCCACAUGAUGGAAGAGAUGUGCGCGCUCUCCUUCGGCCAAGAGCUCGAUUACUGGGGCAUCGACGAGAUCUACCUGGAGUCCUGCUGCCAGGCCCGGUACCACCAGAAGAAGGAGCAGAUGAACGAGGAGCUGAGGCGGGAGGCGGAGACCUUGCGCGAGCGCGAGGGCGAGGAGUUCGACAACACCUGCUGCCCGGAGAAAAGGAAGAAGCUCUGGGACUUGCUGGAGAAACCCAACUCGUCGGUGGCUGCCAAGAUCCUGGCCAUCGUGUCUAUCCUGUUCAUCGUACUUUCUACUAUUGCUCUGUCUCUCAACACACUUCCGGAGCUGCAGGAAAACGAUGAAUUUGGGCAACCCAGUGACAACCGCAAGCUGGCACACGUAGAGGCUGUGUGCAUUGCCUGGUUUACCAUGGAGUACCUUUUACGAUUCCUGUCCUCACCGAAUAAAUGGAAGUUUUUUAAAGGCCCACUGAAUGUCAUUGACCUGCUGGCCAUCCUGCCAUACUAUGUCACCAUCUUCCUCACCGAGUCCAACAAAAGUGUGCUGCAGUUCCAGAAUGUGAGGCGUGUGGUCCAGGUCUUCCGGAUCAUGCGCAUCCUCAGGAUCCUGAAGCUGGCCAGACACUCGACGGGCCUGCAGUCCCUGGGCUUCACCCUCAGGCGGAGUUACAAUGAGUUGGGCCUAUUAAUCUUAUUUCUGGCCAUGGGGAUAAUGAUUUUUUCCAGCUUGGUGUUUUUUGCUGAGAAAGAUGAAGACGCCACCAAGUUCACCAGUAUCCCUGCAUCGUUUUGGUGGGCCACCAUCACCAUGACCACUGUGGGCUAUGGUGACAUUUACCCGAAAACACUGCUGGGGAAAAUUGUGGGAGGCCUCUGCUGUAUUGCGGGGGUACUGGUCAUCGCCCUUCCUAUACCCAUCAUUGUAAACAAUUUCUCCGAGUUCUAUAAGGAACAAAAACGCCAGGAGAAAGCUAUUAAAAGGAGAGAGGCUCUUGAAAGAGCCAAAAGAAACGGAAGCAUCGUCUCUAUGAACUUGAAAGACGCCUUCGCUAGAAGUAUGGAACUGAUAGACGUGGCUGUGGAGAAGGCCGGGGAGUCAGCCAACACCAAGGACUCAGCGGAUGAUAAUCACCUGUCUCCAAGCCGGUGGAAGUGGGCCAGGAAGGCUCUGUCGGAAACAAGCUCCAACAAGUCUUAUGAGAGUAAGUACCAGGAGGUUAGCCAGAAGGACUCCCACGAACAGCUGAACAACACUUCUUCCUCCAGCCCACAGCAUCUGAGCGCCCAGAAGCUGGAGAUGCUCUACAAUGAAAUCACCAAGACACAGCCUCAUCCCCACCCGGUCGCGGACUGCCAGCAACAGCCCGAGGGGCCAUCUGCCUAUGAGGAGGAGAUAGAAAUGGAAGAGGUGGUCUGCCCACAGGAGCAGCUGGCCGUGGCGCAGACUGAGGUCAUCGUGGACAUGAAGAGCACCUCCAGCAUUGACAGCUUCACCAGCUGCGCCACUGACUUCACGGAGACGGAGAGAUCGCCCCUGCCUCCACCCUCCGCCUCUCACUUGCAGAUGAAGUUCCCCACCGACCUCCCAGGGACAGAUGAGCACCAAAGAGCCAGGGCCCCUCCAUUUCUAACACUAAACAGGGAUAAGGGGCUUGCUGCCAGAGAGGCUUUACUGGAUUGUGUCCCCAUUGACGUAACCGUGAACCUCGAUGCCGGGGCUUCCCAUGGCCCUUUGGCACCCGACAGUGCCACCGACAGCCCUAAGAGCUCGCUGAAACGGGGCAACCCCCUCAAGUCCAGAUCCCUCAAAGUGAACUUUCAGGAAAACAAAGGUAGUGCACCCCAGACCCCACCCAGCACAGCUAGGCCACUGCCGGUAACCACAGCUGACUUUCCGCUCGCCACCCCACCGCACAUGAGUACCAUCCUGCUAGAAGAAGCCCUCCCCCAGGGAGAGAGGCCCUUGCUGGGCGCUGAUGUUUCAGCGCCCUGUCAGGGACCGUCCAAAGGGCUACCCCCUCGAUUCCCCAAGCAAAAACUGUUUCCCUUUUCUUCUAGAGAAAGGAGGAGCUUCACCGAAAUAGAUACCGGAGAAGAUGAAGACUUCUUAGACCUCCAGAGGUCAAGACCGGACAGUCAAGCGGACUCCAGCCCCAACUGCUUGGCAGAAAAGCCUGGCGAUGCCAGAGACCCUUUACGAGAAGAGGGCUGUGUGGCCUCCUCCUCCCCCCAGAACACAGACCACAACUGUAGGCAAGACAUUUACCAGGCUGUGGGUGAAGUCAAAAAGGACACUAGUCAAGAAGGGUACAAGAUGGAGAACCACUUGUUUGCCCCAGAAAUUCAUUCCAACCCAGGAGACACAGGCUACUGUCCUACCCGUGAAACCAGCAUGUGACUAGUUAUAAAAGCAAUAAUGAUAAUUAAAAAAAAAACUUGGUUCUUUAAAAAAUGCAAUUAAUAAUGCCAUGAACUAAAAUAUGGGAAAUCCUUUCCCCUGAAAACAGCGUAUAAAAUGUUAUUUUUGCAUGGCAUGAACGGUUUAGUUUAAGCACUGUUUAAAUAAAGAAUCAAGACUGCAUUUUUGUAACAAACAAAACCGAGUCAUGAACAGCGAGCAAAUAAAGAGCUCUUAGGAACCAGUGCUCUGCCAUGUCUGACAUUUUUGAUCCUUUCAUUUCAAAGGUGUAGGCAGGUUUUCCGGUUUUAGCUUUUACAUCACAAUGAAUUUUAGAAUUUGCACAUGAAAGGAUGAAAUGUCGUUGCAUGUGUCCAUGCUUGUGGGAAGUUAAGGUGCUUUGGGCUUGCAAAGUUCGUAACUCUGUAAAUAGGCCUGGAUGUAAAAAGUGGCAAGACCAUAUGGACACAUGUAUCUGAGACACAGGUGUUUCCUUCACAGCUACUGCCUGGAGGAGCUGUCCAGACUUCCUGUUGCAAAAUUGCAACCUCUUCUUAGCCUACGCUUUGUGCAUCUUGCUUUGGAUUAUGAAGUUCUUAUGUUUGUUUUAAGGAAUACAGUAUUUUUAUUUAUUGGGGGUAUAAUUCAGAGGGUAUGUUUAUACGUGUUUUUAUUUAUUGGGGAUAUACUGGGGGUAUGGGUUUCUUUUCUUUUUUCUUUUGUUUAGUUGCUGCAUUUGUGAUGUUAUUUAUAAAUCAUGGAAAUUAGUAAGAUUUAAUGACCAGAUAUCAAAUAUUUGGAAUUUAAGCUUGAACUUCUGCCUAUAAAAUAAACACCAUGUCACA